GUGACAUCAAAGGAUAAUUGUCAGUUCUAGAAUCCUACAGUGACAUCUUGUUGCCUAUGUCUGUUCACAUUUCUCUAUUCACUGACCAAACCUGCUUAGAAGAAAAUGCACGAACCAGAGGCUCCUGGUGUUUUCCAAGAUCAAGAUGAGUGAACAGCGAAUGUCUCCAAGAAAGUCGGGCUCAGUCUUCAAUGAGCUUCGCUUGGAGGGCAAAUUCUGUGACGCUGUCAUCCAAGUUCAGGAUGUUGAGUUUCCAAUCCACAGGAUCAUCCUCUGUGACUGCAGCUCCUACUUCCAAGCUCUCUUCGAACGCUGGAUGACCACAGGCAAGAAGGUUUUUAACAUACCGGGCCCGUCUCCUGACAUCAUGCAGCUCAUCAUUGAGUUUGCAUACACAGGCUCUGUUAAUGUGACAGAGGACAACGUACAUGACUUAGUGCUUGUUGCCAAUAUGCUUAAUGUAAUGGACCUCAUACAAGCCUGCUCCGAAUUCCUCUGUGAGCGGAUCUGCCAAGAAAACUGCAUUGGCAUCUGGCAGUUAACCAAAGUUUGCAGCAGCACUGAGAUGCAGUACAAGGCCUAUCGCUAUAUCACCUAUCACUUUGAGGAGGUCUUUCUUUGUGAAGAGUUCCUGGAGCUCUCUUUGCAGGAGCUCAACGAAAUCCUUGGUAGAGAUGAUCUCAACGUGAGGACAGAGAGUAUUGUGUAUGAGGCCAUCCUUCGCUGGAUUGCUCACAUACCUGAAGAGCGAAAGGAACACAUCUCUGUGCUUUUGUUUAAGGUCCGGCUUGCACCAACAACCUUAAAGGGCGUUGUGAUCAAUGUGUUGAACAAUCAGGGGGUGUGGAAAAACUCUGAGUGCAAGCAAAUAGGCCAAGAUGCCCUCCAAACCAUAUUGCUCAGGGAUACCAAAAUACGGACGUCCGGUCCCUGUAACCCUUGUACCCGUCCUCGUCUGCCUAAUGCCAUCAUGCUUGUCAGUGGAGGCUCGAGUGACAGUGGUGGAAUUGAGGCAUACGAUCCCCGCUCUGAUGUCUGGGUCAAACUUUCAAAAGAGCUAAAACAUCAUCUGACUGUUCACGGCACUGCCUUCCUCGAUGGGUACUUCUACUGUAUUGGUGGCUUUGACGGAGUGCAGCAUUUGAGCAGCGUCAACAAGUUGGACAUGAGCACACACACCUGGCAUGAGGUGGCACCCAUGCACAAUUGCCGCAGCUAUGUGAGUGUAACAGUGCUGAACGGACUCAUCUAUGCCUUGGGAGGCUUUGACGGUCAUUCUCACUUCAGCAGUGCAGAGUGCUACAAACCAGAAACAAACCAGUGGACACGUAUUGCAAGCAUGCACGAGCAGAGGUGCAAGUCCAACUGCACAACACUCCAUGGCAAGAUUUACAUUUGCGGUGGUUACAACUGGUUUGAUUGCCUGCAGUCAGCUGAAUGUUACAAUCCAGAGACCAAUCAGUGGACAAUGAUCGCCCCCAUGAUCAGCAGGCGCAGUGGACUUGGAGUUGUUGCUUUUCAAGACCAAAUCUAUGCAGUUGGUGGUUUUAAUGGCGAAGAAAAUCAUAGUGCUGAGUCCUAUGACCCCUGGACCGACUCCUGGCAGGAAGUGUGCCCCAUGUUGAGCCCCCGCACAGAUUUUGGCCUCGAAGUGAUCGAAGACCGGAUCAUUGCCGUUGGUGGCUUCACAGGCUUUUACAACAUUAAUGAGGCUGAAGCCUAUUGCUCUGCAACAGAUUCGUGGACUCAGUGUCCUGGUAUGACCUUCUCGCGCAGUGGCCUGAGCAGCUGUGUUGUGUACGGAAUCCCCAAUAUGAUCGAUUAUACUCUCUGCCGCUUUCACACCUGUGAUUGUCCCAACAAAUCGUCCAACUCAUACAACGAACUCUGUCGUAUGUGGUAAAAACAACCAACAUCAACCUUUUCCUUAAAUGGCGCCUCUACCGUUGAUGGGCGCUACGCCACAAAUACUUCUUCCGCCUCAGAACAUUGUGGGCUUUAAACGCAUGGUUGAAGAGCUUGUAAAGGUAAGGGUGAUGGUUUGGGUUAGUGACAUGGCAGGUAAACCAGCAAGAUUACUUCAAAGAAUAUAAGGAAAUCAAUUUUCAUAAAAAAAUGACAAACUUACCAUGGUCCACCGCUGACCUCUAGCUGCACUGUACACAACUACUGCUAGAGGUCUGUUGUCUUUAAAACAAGCACAUACUUCGUCAUAUGCUGCUUCAAAAACAGCAUAAUUCGGGGUAUGAGUUGGAGGACAGGCUUGAUUGUCCAGCUGACACUGUUGACUGUUCUGAGAUCAGGUAUCUUGUGCACAUUAUUAAAUAUAUGCACAGUCUGGAAAUUCUUGGUGGUAUUCCAUGAGAAACUACUUGCAUGAGAAAAUUAUUUCAACAGUCUUUUCUUCCUAAGUGUUUAGAAGCAACAGCAGCAGGUUAACAAGCACAUGACAAUGAUUUAUCAUCCUUUUGUAAGAUUUGCAGUAAGUUUGAGAGGUGUGAAACACAAUAUUGUUAAACAAGUAGAUAUAGUACAUUGGUUGUGUGCAUAGCGACAAUGAGAGAGAAUGGGUGUGAGACGGUGAGACUGGUGAUUGGAGCAGAGAGUUAGAAGUUACAGUACUUGCAGUGAGAUGUAUGUGCGGUUCAGGCUGUUUGUCAAUAAAUAAAUGCUACAAGUCUUGAAGACCCAAGGCAA